GCAUCCCCCCUCCCCGCCCCCAGAUGCUCCCUGCCAGCCUUUGGCAUCCACCGCCUGUGCAGAGCGGUCCCCCAUCUCCAACGGGGGAGAAGCUGGGGUUUUGCUGCCAGGUGGGUGAGGAGGGGAUGCGGCGAAAUGUGCUGAUCUGGUGGGCUCCUCGGUAGUGCUGCGGUGGGAGCUGGCUGCGCAGCAGAGCCCCAGCCUGCUGGGUUGAGGCUGCUGUAGGGUUUUGCUGGAUGUGAGAGAGCUGCUCUGAGCUGCGCUGCUACUGCCCAGAGAGAGGUGGGGAGGGGAGGGGUGUCGAAGUGUGACUUUCACCCCGUGCAGGGGGUUGUCUCUGAAGAAGACAGCUCUGCUCUCUCCCCAGAGCCUCUUUGACCACGCUGUCGGCACAGACCCACCGGCAGAGAGGACAGGUCAAAGGCAUGCCAGCUUUUCCAUGAUGCCUGGCCAGUAACAUCAGCCAUGACCUGGAGGGACAGGGACAAGAGGUAGUUUGGUCUUCUUAGCGAGGUCAGCCCGGAGCUCUGCCUGUUGAGGAGAGACCUUCAGAGGUGUUGAAUGAUGAGUGCGAUAAUGCCAACUCCUGCUGCUCCGUGGUGAGCUGUGACGCCAAACUCAAAUCACUUUAGACCUGAAGCUGGACUUAACCUGCGGUCCUGGUCUUAGAAGGAAAUGCUGUCUCUCCUCUGUGAUCAUCCCUCAACUCUGAACGUCUUCCAUUGAAAAAUUGACCUUCCGCGCUAGGAGGCAAGGAUCAAAUGGGUUGAGAACAACUGGCCAUCCUUUUUUUGCAGAGGAUUCUUUGAUACAUUUUUAAGUGCCAGGACAUGAAACAGUAAAUCCCUCCUUCCCGCACUCCUGCCUCCUGCAAACAGCCCUGACUGCUGUCCAAGCCAGCCAGUUAAAGGGUUAACUAUAACUGGAUGCCUGAAUGGCUGCCUUACUGAUCCCAUGGAGAAGACUGUCAACAGAAGAAGCAACAAGAUGGGCAGACUCUUUUGAUGUCCUUUUGUCCCAUAAAUAUGGGUUGGCUGCUUUCCGUGCUUUCCUGAAGACAGAGUUCAGCGAGGAAAACCUGGAGUUCUGGCUCGCCUGCGAGGACUUCAAGAAGACCCGCUCGGCAGCCAAGCUGGCCUCCAAGGCUCAGCGGAUCUUCGAGGAGUUCAUCGAUGUGCAGGCUCCUCGAGAGGUGAACAUAGACUUCCAGACACGGGAGCUGACAAGAAGAAAUAUGCAGGAGCCCUCCCUCUCUUGCUUUGACCAAGCUCAGGGGAAGGUGCACAGCCUGAUGGAGAAAGACUCUUACCCCAGGUUCCUGAGAUCCAAAAUUUACACAGACCUGCUGUCUCAAACCCAGAGGAGGCUAAGCUAGAGCAGUGAUGGGGCCCUCAGAAACCAUAUGCUUCCCACAACAGCCAAAACCCAUGUCUAAAUGUGAAACUUUCUUGGUGUUAAAAGCAGUGGGAAUGAGAAAAGAGGGAGAAGAGGAAGAGAAGGCUUCCAGAGCAUGAUCCAGAUGUGGUAUUAGGACUCUCUGAGUUUCUGCACUUUUUUUUGGUUAGCGGUAGCAUCUUGCAGUUGUUGCCUCUCUCUAGCACAAACCCGUAAUCCUCUCUAGUCAUGGGGUCAUCUGUUGGGAAAGCAGGUUUCCUUUAAAACUACUACGUUGGUUUGUGUGUAAAUAACACCACUGUACCUUUCCAUCCUUCCAGACGUGUCCCUGGCUCUCACCUCUCCCCUGUGUUUGGAAGGGCCCUAAGGGCAGUUCUGAAACUUGUGAAGCCAAGUCCGGUCCAAAGCAUUGUCUCCCACACUGGCUGCUGGGGUCCAGAUCCAGAGACUGAGGGGAGGUAGAGAGGGCAAAGACACAUGAUUCAUGCUGCUUCCCGGCAUGGAAACCAUACCAGCGAACUCAGCUCACCUUUCCAUUUUGGUUCCACACCUUAUGACACCAGCUGCUACCCUGUCACAGCCCCUUAUCUUUCAGGGAUGGAGACUAAGAGUUAUUUUCUGUAUGACAGUCAAGAAGCUGAGUUUUUCUCAUGAGGAAGGUAAUCCCAAAAGCUCUCACUAGACCUGGUCAGGCGAGUCUUCUGGUGAGAAUGAUUGUUUUUCAUUAACAUUAUUUACUUGUACUGUAGUUCAGCCUCAGGACCCCAGUCGUUGUUCAGGCUUCAUUGUACUAGGCACUGUACCAAAACCUAACACAAAGAGACUCCUGGCCGCCAGAGACAUUAACAGCCUUGGUGGCUUCUCGGGAACAACCUGCCAGCUGUCGGGAAAGAGUCAAGAGAAGGAAUGUCCCAUCUGCCCCAUGCUGAGAUCUAAGAAGAGCACAAGACCUGUCUGCUAUGGCAGAUAGCAUUUUUCAUGUAGUACCUGACCAGCGCAUGGCAGGGAGAGGUAACAUGAAAAAUCACAAUUAUAUUUUUGUUAUUUACUGAUUAUUGACUGUUGUUACCUACCGAUUGUCCACUGUGGGUUCAAUGCCAUGUGAAGAACUACUAAAGACACGGACCCUAUUGCAUGGUGCUUGCUUAAAAACAGGACACAGGGAAGCAUGCAGUGAGCAGCACGAGCAUCUGGGUGUGAAGUGGUGUGUGAAGGGUACUUUGGCCCUGUUCCCAUAGCCUGGAUAGCCAGCUGCAGGAGAAGACUCUGCAGAUGGCAGUUGUGUAGCACCUCCUCUGUGCUGUGCAAUAAUACUUACCAUCUGAAGGCCCCAUUUCUAUGGCAUUGCUGUUCUAGCUUAUCGGCUGUCAGAUUCUUGCAAUAUUUUCUAGUGGAGAAGCAGACAGCCUGUCUGUGGAUUUGAGCCUACAGACCAGAGGUCUAUUUUCUUAGUUUUAUGAAGGCCUGGAAAGUGACCCCAUGGAUCUUUUCCUUCUCUGAAUCACCCACGGAUCAGAGGCUGUAAACCUCUGCUCUAGUUGAGGGUGGUGGGUACGUUUGAUACAUCAGAAAGCUGGUGAUGAAGGUUUAGUGUAAUGUGGUGUAAACUAGGUAGACUGAAUUCUACAGCUAAGUAUAACGUGUUUGGAAUGAGAUACAAAAAACCUGCUUGGAUAUUAAAAGUUACUGUCCACACAUUAGGUAGGAAGCAGGUUUUGAGGCUUUUUGUAAGGAUGCUGCACAGGGCAUUAGAACAAAUAGGUUUAGGAUCAAGAUAGGAAUGGUAAGCAUGUUUGUUUUAUUUUGGAGGUGUAUUCCUGUGGUGUCUAAGACGCUAAAGUCUAAACACAGUGCAAGUGCAAAAUCUAUGUUCAGUAGGGAAACCUGCUUUUCAGUACCUGGUUGGUCAGCUCUAGAAUUCUCCAGUUGUUUUGUAGGAAAAGAUCAGUGAAAGAUGGGCACUGAAAAGUGCCCCAGAUUCAUCCAAGGGGUCUACAUCAUGCAGUGGCUCAACCAGCUGUGAGUUUAGCUGUUCAUGAGCCCACAGCUUUAUGGCAAACAAGGUACCUGGCAAAGAAGAUCUAGUAGGACAGGUCUCUGGGGAAACUUGUGCAAUGUUCUGGGAGGAGUCAAAGACAGAAGCAAAGGAUAUAGAUUCAUGCAUCUAGUGGCUGCCCCUCAUGGUAUCUGGGCUAUAGGAAGUGGAACAGAGUCACAUCACCUAUACAGCCCCCUCCUGCUAUAGGUGAAAGGGAAGGAGGAGGGCAAAUCACCCCACAUUGCAGUGAAACACUCUCAAUGCUUGACCUGCAAGGGAGGAUGCAAAGCCACUGACUGUGAGGAGGGGCUGGAAUAACUCUCCUUUCCAAGAAACACUAUGUCUACUACACCUGCAUAACACAGGAUGGACUGGGAUCUCUCAGGGGCACGCAUUGCUUUGGCCGAAAUAGUUCCCCUUGAGAUGGCCUGUGGUGCCAGUUGUACCCAGUGUCACUGCGACCGCAAAAUGGCACAGCAACCGGUGAUCCAACCGCUGCAACGUGGCAGCUCAGCUUCCCAAUGCUGCGGUGCCAAACAAGCUGUGUUGCAGGGGAUGAAGGGAGGCCACCUCAUCUGGCCCUGCCUUCUUCCGUUUCAGCCUCCUUUUGACUGCACAUACAAAAAGCAUCCCAGUGCUGCCCUGGAUGUAAGAGACAGCAGUCUUAGGCAGUCAUUGCUUUCAAAGAGAAGGCAGAAAGCCACGGUAGCUGCCUUGUGGUAUUUCUCUUAAAGCCACCGAUAAACCUUCUGAGUGGACUUGGAUGAUGCUGACCUCUAGUGCCAGCUGAUGCAUCCCAGACAAGGCUUUUUCAGCAAAGUGCCCUGCAGCCACCCAUGGCAGUGAGGGUCGCAGAGACAAUCAGGUGAUGGGGAAACAGCAGAACCAAGAUGUUUUUGUCGAGGAAUGAGGAACAGAUACUCAGAAGUGUGGACAAUUCCCAAGCUUCCCUGAUGACUACAAAGGCUGGUCCUGUUCGGAGUGUGACUCCAGAAGACCCAGGAUGUAACAUCUGUCAGCAAGCUCCUCCAGCAUCGGUGCUGUCAUCCUUUCAGUUUGUUUCAGAACUCAUGGAAAAACUUCAAAGUAGCCAACACCCUGUAAAAACCAAGCUCCCCUCUCUCCUCUAUUGACCUGGGGAAUUGCUUUGAGUGGGUGCAUUCAGAACUGCCAUUGCUGCAGUGGUGACAGGAACUGUAUUCACAUGCCGGCUGAUGUAGGAGAAGUGUUUUGCCAAUUACAUUGGUGCCAGAUAAUAUCCUCCAUGGGAAACAUCCUAGAGCAUAGAGUGGAGCACAAGUAUUGUCUGAGGCAUAUAAGUCUAUCACAGUUAUUUUUGUUGCUGCUCUUACAGUUUGUCUCUCUUGAAGGGAAGCAGACUAGUUAUUUAAAGUAAUUUAAAAAAAAACCCCAAAACCAAGAAAUUGGCACCAGCUGCUUCUUUUAUGCCAAAUGUCAGUCUGAAGUGAAUUAAAAUAGGCAGCUUAUAGCUCUUCCCCUUAAACCAUGGGCUGAUUAAGGAAAUAACGAUGGAACCAAAGCUUCGGAAAGCACUGUGUGAUGACUAAUCCCUAUCAAGGACAAAUAUCCUAUCUUUGAUUCAUCUCUUACUGAUGUGAAAGGGUUAUUCAUAACUUAUAACCCUGUUUCCCCUCUCCACAAGCACACACCUCCAAAAUUUUCCUCCUGUUUCAAGUGAUGUCAGAGUGUGCCACCACAUGAAGAGAGGGGAAAAAAAAAUUGUUUCCCUCAGCUCCUUUUAUUCUGUUUUUGCUGGCCUGUAUCCAGUCAGCUCCCAAGUCCUUUGACAGCAAAAGGGAAGAAGAGUUUACAAAUUGCCUUUCCUUUUCUAUAAGCUUCAGGUGUUGUUAACUCCAGAAGCAGAUGCAGAACCCCAAUCUGCUUUGAGUUUCUUUCUCCUGCUUUGGCCCAUCAGCCAGGUUUGGGAUGAUUUCCAUCACUUUUACUGGACUUGUUAAUGUACUGAUGGGUCCCUGCCCUCCACGCUGGGAAGGUGUGAAGGGUAAAGUCCCGCUAGGCUAAGCAGGGGAGGGAAAUAGGUGUGUGUGUGGGUCUGUGGGAGUGGAUGGGUGGGAGUGCAUGUGACUUCAUGUGUAUGUUAUUUAGUGUCUCCUACUAGAGAAGCUUUUCUGAGACAUAGAUGUGCAUGUUAAAAUAGGAGAAUUAGGCAUAAAAGACAUAAAAUGAGAUUUUUAGCCAGUGUUGUGUUUGCCUCGUGUGUAAGUUUGACUAGUAAUAAGAGACGUAAAACUCUGCUCGGCUUCCAGUUACCCAUAAGAGCACAUGUAUCAAACUGAACUGAAUGUUCACUGAUAGACACAAAACCAAAAUGUUUACAGCAUUCAGAGCAAUAGCAAAGCAUACCUCAUGCCAGUCCUGGAGUGCCUCUCACAUGUCAGUGCAAGCUCUCCCCUCCCUGGGGGCCUCUUGCUUCUCCCUCCAAACCCCUCUUUCCUUCUCAGUCCUGUCCUUGUGGUCUUCCCUCUUCUUCCUCCUUACGGUUUCCCCUCUGAAGCACUCCUGUCCAUGCCAACCUUCCUCUCCACCAGCACUGUUUGUCCCCAUAUACCUGAGCCUGGGUCUCACAUAACCUCCUCCCAUGCCCUCCUGUUUGCACACCCUCCAUCCCCAUAUAUCCCUCCUCUCUUCUUUGCCUUUUACUUCCCCAGACACUUGUUUCUGGUCUUGCCAUCUCUCUCCUACAUACCUCCUACUGUCACUAUAAAGCUCCUAGUAGCUAUUCCUUGCCCAUUAUAUAAGAAGAAAAUGCUUCACAUCAUUUCUGCAUUAUCUUUCUUUCCUGCGGCUGCUGCAGUUGUCUUCCUUGGUACUGUGUUUUCUCCAGUGUCGAAGCAUUAUAUCACAAAACUGGAAUUAAAGCACAUUUUGCUGCUAGAUCAGAAUGCUUUUCUCUUCCACACACCCCUUGGGCUUUGCAGAGGCUCGUCUUGUCCCCAGUAUCAUGUCGUCUUCUUCCAUCCACGCUCCACGUGCUGUGCUUGUGGCAGGGGCUGGCUAGUUGAGAAGGCAGCCGUGCUGCACAGAGGCAGCGGCUGCUUCAGCAGGAUCACAGCUGUGCUUCCUCUUGGCUUUCUGAUAUAAAAAAAAAGAGUGUAAAUAAAGGUGUGUGUGUUGUAUUUGCUUAGUAAAGUCAGUCGUUCUGCUCUGUGCCUCCUCUUGGUUUUACUGGAGGGAUGUAUCUCUAAUUGGAGACUGCAGUAAACUUAACUGGAGUUCAGGGAACUGAGGGCAUGGGAGGGAGGUGGCAAAAGGGGAUGAGCUUAUUACCAAAAACCCCAAUGUUUCUGGCAAAAAGGCACAGAAGAAAAGGCAGUGCCUGCUUCUGGAGGGAGCUGGUGUGAGGUAUGGAGACCAGCCACAGUGGGAAUCGCUUGUCUCCAGUAGCCCCACAGCUCCCAGUUUGCAUCAUGUGCUGCGUGCCCCAGGCUGGAUCUAAAACAUGACGGAUGAGGAGCUGCUCGGCUUUGCAUUUAUAGUGUAGAUAACAGCAUUAUCCUAAGAGAAAUGUCUUCAUGUUGCUCUAUCAGUGCCCGCAGUCACCAGUUAAGAAGCAAUGAGGGGGAGGAGGCAUCUUGUGUUAUGUUUACUUAUGCAGUCCUCUGCGGGAUUACUGGUAAUGAAGAGAGCAGGGUACAAGUACUCCCUGGGGUAGAUCCCCCUUCCCUAAAAACUAUGACUGAAGUAUCUCAUCCUCCUAUAACCUCUCUCCCCCCCUCCUCUACAAGCAACCCAAAUCAGACACGCAGAGUUCAGAUUUUUCUUUAAGCUCUCUGGCACCUCCAUCUUCAGUGGGUUGGUAGUGUCCCACUGGCAGGAAGGGGCCUUGAGGAUCUGACUCCAAACCCAAGCACCGAAUAAGGCUGUCUUAAAUAAUAAAGAUGACUUGUUCCUUGGGAAACAUGCUUGUGGGUGGCUCCGGAGAGAUUUAGGAGGGCAUUAAAGUAUGGAGUAAACUCAGAAGCGAGCCACCAGGUAGCUGGGUAGAAAGACCAGCUCUUUUAAGACCUUCCCUAUGCCAUGUUUUUAUUUUAAUUAGGUCCUGAUGCUGUAACUGCCUCCACAGUGUCUGGGUGCUGCUGGUGUUGGUAGAUAACAGCAGGAGCUGUUUGGGCAGGACAUGUGGGUUGUUCAGUCUGAUUCCUUCCAGUUCAGGGGAAGGCAUGGGCUCGAGUUCGGUUUGUUUGACCUUCCUUCUGCAUUACCUGCUCGUUUCUUAGGCUCACCUUCCCCUAUGAGGCUGGAGAAGCUCCUCAGCCAUACCAGCUGUCUGACCAGUGAUGAUAUCCCCCCUAAGUUGUAUCACCACAUUGUAAAGUGUUACUCACCUGUACUGUAUAGAGACCAUGAGGACGUAAUAAACAGCCUGAGACUAGUUA